AUGUCAUUGGUAACCAAAUCAGCUCGAGAGCUUACCCAAAUCCAACACUACUAUGGGUUUCGUUAUGUCUUGAAUACGAUAGUUCACGAACGAAUUUUCGACAAACUGAAGGUACCGACAAAGUACCCGAAUUCUGAUAGACUGAAAGUUUUAGACCUAUAUCCAGGUCCAUCACAGCAUUCUGCUGUAUUUUAUAAUCGAUAUAGACCUGCUCAGCAUCUACUGAUGGACUCUAGGCCGGAUUUCGUCAAACACAUUUCUGACCUCAUUGCACGAAAUAAGGGCUGUGAGCCAACCCUGCAACUAUACAAGCACGAUCCGUACGAAUGGCAGGCGUAUACUGACUUGAUAGAUGUAGACAAAGUUUUGAGCCCGAGCAACUGCAGUCGUGAGUCCAUUCACGACCAAUUUCUCGUUCUGGCCAAUCUCACCGGUAUGAUUGGCGAGGGACUCUUCAUGCAAUGGUUGGCUUGUAUAGGAAACCGCAAUUGGCUACAGCGCUUUGGCCGGGUCAAAAUACUGGUCUGGGUUCAGCAGUGUACAGCUGUCAAACUUUUAGCCAAGCCCGGAGAUCAGUUGAGGGCCAAAUGCUCUUUAGUAACUGAGGCUUUCACGGAAACUAAACUUGUGGCUGCCAUGAACACUAAAAAAUCGGGUGGUGGUAGCGCCAAUUUUUCGGAUAAUAUCUUGUCCGAAGAUCGGCCGGUAAUGUUCGAUCAACAGGACGUGUGGCCACCGAGUGGUAAAAACAUCUGUCUUUUGGAGGUCAACCCACGCGACCACAGCAUUGAUCUCGACAACUUUGACUACGUUUCGAAGCAUUUACUGAUUUUGAAAAGUACACCGCUAUAUGAUUCUCUGGACUCGCUUGGCCAUGGCGCCAAGGAAUACUUUCGCAAAGUAGUCCAGAACCAGAAGCUACUUGAAAAGUGCCCAAAAGAAUUGACACUAGCAGAGUUUUUGCACAUAACUGAGAUUUUCGAUAAGUGGCCUUUCAAGCCUGACAUCUACUUGGAUUUUAUAGACGUUUUCCAGGAGAGCGAUUAG